AUGGCCGGGCUGCAGCCCGAUAUUUAUGCAGCCAUCAGCAUCACUUGGGUCGCGGCCUUUCUUGCCCUUGGUCUACGGCUCAAAGCGCGGCGAAUGACCAAGAUGAACCUAUGGUUCGACGACUAUUUCGCCGUCAUUGCAUUACUCUUCGUAUCGAGUUACUGUUCUGUCACGAUCUACUGGACGCAUAGUUACAAACUCGGACAAUCCAUCCUCACGAUCGAGGAUACCAUCGAAGCAAACCGUAUUCAAGACCGAUCGCGACUUUUGCUCUGGAUCUGCGAACUCCUCUACGCCUCAUCGAUCGCCUUUUGCAAACUCAGUAUUCUCUGCUUUUACUGGCGCGUCUUUCAGUAUACAUCGAUUCGAUAUGCAAUCAUUAUCUUGCUUAUCGCCGUCAGCAUAUGGAUAACUAUUCGGACGUUUAUGGUCAUCUUUCACUGCGUACCAAUUCGAGCAUAUUGGGAUAAGAGCAUACAAGGUGCCAAAUGCCCGUUUAACGAAGCAAAUUUCUUCUUUGCUACAAUUCUCAUACACACCACGAUGGAUUGCGUUAUCUUGAUUUUACCUGUCAUCGAAGUUAUGAAGAUGACACUACCUUUAUCGCAAAAGUUGGCCGUUGUUGGACUUUUUACAUCUGGAACCAUAGUAUGCGUUGCGUCGAUAUUUGUUUUGGUGCAUUCGAAAUUAUAUAACCCUCGAACCGACGACAUUCCGAAAGAUAUGGCACAGAGCAUGAUGUGGGCAGCCGUCGAGAUAAAUAUGGCACUUGUCUCCCUAUGCUACGACCCAUUUUUCGUCACUUUCUUCCAGGACUCUCGACGACGGAAGAGUCAGCCCAAGCGCCGAUCAGUUUACCAAACGUUGUUCUACCGGGGGUAA